UGCGUUGACGUCAAGGUGUUCACGUGAUACGGUUUGUUACAUCGUCCUGUGUUUAGACACAUCGGGAAGAGCAGCGUCCGCUUCAGUUCAUCAUCCUCGGAUUCUCCAGCCUAGAAAAUGCCUUCUGACAAGUCGUUCAAACAGAGGAGAAGCUACGCUGACAGAGUUAAAGAAGUUCAGCAGAUCCGGGACCAGCAUCCUAACAAGAUACCAGUAAUCAUCGAAAGAUACAAGGGGGAGAAACAGCUGCCUGUGCUGGACAAGACCAAAUUCCUCGUUCCUGACCACGUCAACAUGAGUGAGCUUGUUAAGAUUAUUCGGCGCAGACUCCAGCUGAACCCCAACCAGGCCUUCUUUCUGCUGGUCAACCAAAGGAGCAUGGUCAGCGUCUCGACCUCCAUCUCAGAGAUCUACGAGCAGGAGAAGGACGAGGAUGGCUUCCUUUACAUGGUGUACGCCUCCCAGGAAACCUUUGGGUGCUGAGGGUGACCGCAGCGGACUCAUGGCGAAGUUCCCUGCAUUUCAAUAACUGGUCGAGGAAGAGCGAAUUUCACUGUGUUUUUAAAAAAGAAAACAAAAAAAGCAAAACAUCAGGAUUGCCGUCCUGUACUCUUGUCACUCACACAUACUAAGGUCGCAUAGUGUACCAGGGUUGUGUAAAACAUUGAACAGUCUUCUCUCACCUGUAUCUAUAUGAUUGGCAAUUGUUUAUUUGCUACUUAUCGGUCUUUAUUUUACUUUUUUUUUCAUGGUUUUGUAAUUAAACAAAAACAAAUGUGAUUAAUGCAUGGUCCACCUACCCAAGCAGUGAGGAGUUUUAAGACCUUGUUGAUCACUGACAUGAAAUUCUGGAGGCUGGAGACAGAGAUUGAGGGAUAUAUAUACAUAGAUACUUAUAUAUAUAUAUAUAUUUUAAAAAAGUACCAAUGACUUUAGAACUGAUUCAAAGUACAUAUUGAAUAUUGGUGCUUACAACAGGGAGGUGAAGUGUUGGAUGGGACGGGGCAUGGGGUGAGAGAAAUGCUAAAAAGCAACUUGGGACUGCAUAAUGCUCUUUCCUGGCUUUCACAAUCGGCUAUUUUAUGUAGAAUUUGCUUUUAAUGCACUUUAUAAACAGCACGGGUGUGUAGGAGGACCCAUCUACUGUCACAGUGUAGCGUAAACCAAGUAGGGUUUAAUGUAGAUAAUCAGCUCCUGUUAAUCGUAACACUAUUAUAAAUUCUUCACCCUAGUUACAUUGCUCUCCAGUUGCAUUGGGUAAUAUUUAAUUUUUAAUGUAGUUACAGUGCCUGUUAAUGUGUGUGUGUGUGUGCGUGAUAAAAAGGAAAUUGCAUUCA